CCGACCUCGAAAUUACCCCCCGGGUAUAUAUAUUUUGAUGUUUCCUGGGACUUCAUCUGUUACUGGCUUUGUACUUACAAGAUAAUUCAGAAUGGCGUACGAAAAGUUUAGAGCCGUGAGGAAGUACUUUCCAGUCCUCCUCGGAACUCUUUUCCAUGGCUUUUACCGACGUACGCAAGCUUUCGUACAUCGUUUUACUUACAGAUUGCUUCCGGAAACCCAAAAUGUUGUUGUGAUAGGUGGUUCGUUUGCAGGAGGAGUUCUCUCCAGAAGUCUAGCGGAGUCUCUGCCUUCCGGCUUUCGGGUCAUAUUAGUAGAGAGAAACUCGCAUUUCAACUUUACAUUCAACUUUCCUCGUUACUCUGUGGUUUCAGGUCGCGAACACAAGGCUUUCGUUCCGUAUAAUGGAUUGAGAGGCAAUAACGCUCCAAAGGGUAUCUUUGAACAGAUUCAAGACACAGCAGUCGGAUUCACAGAGAAGGAGGUGCAUUUGAAGUCUGGGAAAUCCAUUCCUUUCAAAUACCUCGCUAUUGCCACUGGUGUCAAACAGUCACCCCCUGCGAAACUUUUGUCAAGCCACAAGGAUGAGGCUUGCCACGAACUACAAGUCCUACAGCUGCGUAUCCAACAAUCUAAAUCUAUCGCUAUUGUAGGAGCCGGGCCAGUCGGAGUUCAACUAGCUAGUGACAUCAAAACCUUCUAUCCAGAGAAGCAUGUCACACUCAUACACUCAAGGGAGCAGCUGCUUCCAACUUUUGGCAGGAGAUUACAUCUGUAUGUUCUCGAUAAACUACAUAAAAUGGGCGUGGAAACAAGACUCGGAGAAAGACCAACCAUUCCAAAGAUAUCAUAUUGGGAUAAGAUGGAAGUAACGUUCAAGGAUGGUGGGAGGGAGACUUAUGAGCUAGUGGUUAGUCAUCCUUGAAACCCAAAAGUGUUGUUCUGACAACUAUAGAUUCCAUGCACCGGCCAAAUUCCAAAUUCGUCUCUUCUCGAGGCAAUUUCACCCUCCUCAAUCUCCACUCCAAAUCAUCGGAUUCUUGUCCAUCUAUCUUUGCAGAUUCAACAACAUGAAAAGAUUGAUGGCAGUCCAGAUCUUCGAAACGUUUUUGCGCUCGGGGAUGUUGCUGAGACAGGGGGCCCCAAAAUGGCCAGGGCGGGGUUGUUCCAAGCAGAGGUCGUGCGCUCGAACAUCAUGAGGCUCAUUGCGGGGAAAAGGUUGAAAGAAUAUAAACCCAUGGCUAUGGAAGGCGCUCUGAAAUUGACUCUAGGAAAGGUAGACAUAAUAUUCUACUCUAUUUAAAGUGUGACUCGUUUGCUAACAAAGGGUGCAAUUAGGACGAUUAUGUGAAUUACAUUCAGGAUCCCGAUGGCAGUGAUUUUCUUAUCCCUGGGAGAAGCGGUGAGAUCGAUCUGGAAGUCGAGAACAUUUGGAAGGUUUUGGGAGCGAAGCUGGAAGAAAGUAUAUCUCCUGAAGCCGCGUGAUGCGGAAGUCAUUAUGGUGUUUUCAAGGGCUGGAGUUCUUGCGCAACUGUUACUGUAUUCUUUUCGGUGCCCGACACGGUCUGGUAUCUGUAUCUCGAAGUAAUUUGAAUUCAAUUGCUUCUUUGCUUGACAGAUGCCUGUCUUGUGGAUUUAAAACAGCCUAAGUGAAAUCGGACUUGAACUAAGCAUAUAGUUUAAAUGAAUUUCAGCCAAUGGGGUUUUAUCCAAAGCCCAUAAAGGACCGUGAGGAUGUUCGAAACACUCCGUCAAGGGGUUUGUGGGAAGAAACAAACAUGUCGCAUCGAACCACUGCGUGGACAGUCAACGGCAAUACCGCGAAACUCUGACAGUGUGGAUUAUGCCAUUUAAUACUGGUAUGAUCGGGAGUCAUACUCUAUGUCGUUCUGCUGGGACGACCGAUUUGAUAAAACCCCUCUCUCCGCCAACAGUGUUUCUUAUUCCUCUUGCGCGGCAGAUCACACGCUCUCCACCACUCUCUUUCCUAUCUAAUAUUUUAUUAAUAUACAGAGAAGCUGGUCUUUCUGUCUUUACAUUCUAUUUCUAAUUUGAAUUCAUUAUCAGUCAUCAUGCGGUUCGCUCGGCUUGCAGCCCUGUGCUUCAUCGGCACGGCUCUUGCCAGCCCAUUGGAACCGAGGCAGAAGAAGACCGACCCAAUGUCUGUUAGAGUCGCCGCUGAUGGCUUCAAGCGCGAUGCCAGUGUUGUCUCCGCAUCUUUGAAUGCUCUCGGUACAGAACAAGAUCCAACAGUCAUCAAGGCUCUCGCCACCAAAGCGUUCUCUGCAGAGAGUGACGAGAAUGGUCAACGAGCUGUUCUUGCCAAGGUUGCUGGUACUGCUGGUUCCUCACCCAAUCAACUUAUUGUCCAAAACACGCCCAUCGUUCUCAACGGUCUUCAAGCAAUUAUGAACGAUCCUACACCAGCGACUGCUAUGGCUCAACUUAAAAUUAUCGAAGAGGCCAGGUAAAUCUUCCUCUUCUUCAUGCCUAUCGGAUAUAGAAGCUAAUACCUUUUUCGAAGGAAUCCUAAUAUUCUUCCAAGUAUCACGCAACUUUCCAACGCUGCUCUGAAUAAUUCAGGAUUGGCACCGAGUCAGAUUAAGUUUGCACCUACCCUCGGUGCAACCGCAGGACAAGGACCAGCAAUGGGUAUGGGUGGGACUCAAAACGGUGGAACGGAAAAACCACAACCAGAAGGCAAUCAGAACGAAAAACCAAAACCAGAGGCUAAUCAGGGCGGUGGUGGAACUGAAAAACCACAACCAGAAGGCAAUCAGAACGAAAAACCAAAACCAGAGGCUAAUCAGGGCGGUGGUGGAACUGAAAAACCACAACCAGAGGCUAACCAGGGCGGCGGGACCGAAAGGCCACAACCGGAGGCUAAUCAGAACGGUGGCUCAGAAAAGCCAAAACCAGAGGCCAAUCAAAACGGUGGGACUGAAAAGCCACAACCAGAAGGCAAUCAGAACGAAAAACCAAAACCAGAGGCUAAUCAGGGUGGUGGUGGAACUGAAAAACCACAACCAGAGGCUAACCAGGGCGGCGGGAUCGAAAGGCCACAACCGGAGGCUAAUCAGGGCGGUGGUGGAACUGAAAAACCACAACCAGAGGCUAACCAGGGCGGUGGGACCGAAAGGCCACAACCGGAGGCUAAUCAGAACGGUGGCACAGAAAAGCCAAAACCAGAGGCCAAUCAAAACGGUGGGACUGAAAGCCCAAAACCAGAGGCCAAUGGCAAUCAGAAUGGUGGGGCCGAGAAACCACGACCAGAGAACAAUACAAAAAGUGGGACUGAGAAACCACAGCCAGAGGCCAAUCAAAACGCUGGCACUGAGAAACCACGACCAGAGAGCACUUCCAACCAGGGACAACAGAGCACAGGGAAUACCAUUCAAUACGGGGGAACUGGAUCGUCGACACAGUCCCAAGGAAGUAGCACUCAAAAUCAAGGCAACGGCAACACCAACACCAACCAGAACAGUGGCCUCUACAGCACCAGCAACAAAAACUACUAAAGAAGCACUGGUACUGCCACUCGAAGGCAAUAGAACAGCAACCAGGGCGGAGAUAGUGCGCAAAGUCAGACUAGGAGCACAACUCCGAGAGAGCAGAAUUGCCUUCAAGGGACUACUAAUGUCAAUGCAAACACCUGGACCCAUUAUCAAGCUUCUGUUGAUGCUUCUCCUGCCCCUGCCGAGAAAACACGUGUAACGGGCUUCUGAGAGGUUAUGAAUUGCUUUUUUUUCUUUUUGAUUGCUACUUGGCGGUUACCCUGUUGUCUUAUUUGACCUUUUCUUCUCAAAUCCCUACCAAUAUUCUUUAUAUUGUAUUAUUCUUUACAUUGUAUAUAUCCCAUACAUUCUAUUCAAUUCCAUCUUAAAUGUCUGACGCAAUAACCCGGUCCAAAGUUUUCGAUCGCAAUGUCAGAUGGAGCGACAAUUGCUACUUCAUCUAAUGUUUCCAAACACGCUCGCAGUUUUGAAUUGGUUUGAGGUGAGGCAGUAUGUUUCAAAACAAACGAUGGGCGGGAGGCCGAGACGAAC